UCGAACACCUGUCCUUGGUGUAUACCAGGCACACACAUGGUACACAUAUAAAUACAGAUAAAACACCCAUACACACACACAAAAAUUCAAAAUAGACAACUUAUCACACAAUCUCCAUAUGUAUCAGAUUAGCAGAACUCUGUGUUGCCUACCUCCCACCUCAACGGUGACUUGUGUGGUGAUGCUGCCAUGCUGCUUCCUUUAGAGCUGAUAGAUCAUGCAGAAAGGGGUUUUGGGGAACAUAUUAGAUUUUCGCAAAGCCCAGAAUGGGUCAGUGAUUGUUCAGCAGGUGGUGUGGGCAGACAGGUGAUGCCUUCUUAGGGAGAAAAGAAGAUGUAAGUACAGCUAACUGCCCUUUCAAAACUUGGGCCCAGGGGAAGGUAACAUGGAAAAACUACAACUCCCAGAAGUCUCUGUUUCCAGGCAAGUAGCGACGGUUGCUAUGGUUUCGGAAAACAAUAUGGCUGCUCCCAGAUGGGAUUUGAGUCUGUGCGGAAUAGGGACUCAAACGUAUAUCUGAACGCUCGCAGUUGCGAGAGGAGGCAUUUGAAGGGGCCUGGGGCUAGUGCUGGGCUCUGUCGGGAACAUUGAGGCCUUGCUCUGGAUCAAAUGGAAAGCAGCGUGGAUGAGGAGGCUCUGCACCAGCUGUACCUCUGGGUAGACAACAUCCCUCUGUCCCGACCCAAGAGAAACCUCUCCCGGGACUUCAGUGACGGAGUCCUGGUUGCAGAGCUUAUCAAGUUUUACUUCCCCAAGAUGGUGGAGAUGCACAAUUAUGUCCCUGCCAACUCUCUCCAGCAGAAGCUCAGCAACUGGGGUCACCUGAACAGAAAGGUGCUGAACAAGCUGAACUUCUCUGUCCCGGACGAUGUGAUGCGGAAGAUUGCACAGUGUUCUCCGGGGGUAGUGGAGCUAGUGCUCAUUCCACUGAGGCAGCGCCUGGAGGAGCGGCAGAGGCGCCAGAAGCUGGGUGUUGGCUCCUUACAGGAGCUGGCUCCUCAGGAUAGCAGCGGCUACAUGGAUAUGGGUUUGUCCCAGAAGGUUCGAGGAGACGGUGCCCCAGCCUUGGGAGAGCAGCUCAGAGAGGGCCGUCCGCUGGCUUCCCGACCCCCUGGGUAUAACCAGGCGCUGCAGGGCGAUCCGAGCUUCGUCCUCCAGAUCGCUGAAAAGGAGCAGGAGCUGUUGGCCUCUCAAGAGACAGUACAGGUCCUUCAGAUGAAGGUGAAGCGUCUGGAACACCUGCUCCAACUCAAGAACGUGCGCAUCGAUGACCUUUCCCGGCGGCUCCAGCAGGCCGAGCGCAAGCAGCGGUGAGCGGUGCCAGGGCUGCGCGGGGCUUCCCAGUACCCGCCAGAGCCCAGACGCCGCGACCCACCCACUCACCUGCGGAUGCAGGGGUGGGAGGGCGGAGCGAGCUGCUCUCUAGCGCCUCCUGCAGCUGCCGCGCUCGGCUGCGGAGGGCUCGGGCGAACGUGGGGGUGCUCAAAGCUGAGGCCGAGGACUGAUCCUCCUCCUUACACUCCAUCUGGGCCAGGAAAAAGGACCACUUUCCACAGCCCAGAAAACCUGUACGAACACACCGCAUGACCUCCCAAAUCGUGUCCACUUUGAAGCUCCCGGCACUGGGCCUGGAGAGGCAGUCCUCUGGCUCGGUCCACUGCCCUAGAACCGGUUCCUUUCUCAGCAUAGACGAUAGCUUCAUCUCUAUCCAUGCUAAAUCUCCAUGGCCUUCGACACGAGAGAAACUAUCCCCGGAAGCUGAGGAAUUCUCUUGCCCCUCCUGGAUGCUGACCUGGGAUCCUUCUCAGGGCUGGAAGUCACAGCAGCUGGAGAGGAAGGGAUAAGGUGUUGAAGUAGUCAAAAGUAAGGGAGGCAUCCAGUUGUGCAAUCGCUCUCCUCUCAUGGAGCAUUAUAAGGAGUGCCUGGGGAAAACAGGGCAGAGUUGUCUCCAUUAAAGGUGGUGUUGUGCAUUC